AUGUCUCUCUGUAAAACACGAUUGCAAGAAGAGAGAAAACAGUGGAGGAGAGAUCAUCCUUUCGGUUUCUACGCUCGUCCAAAGAAAACUGCCGAUGGCUCUCUAGACUUGACCCACUGGGACGCUGGCAUUCCAGGUAAACCAAACACUCUUUGGGCUGAUGCAACUUUCCCUGUCACUAUAUACUUUUCAGAAGAGUAUCCCUCGAAGCCACCUAAGGUGAUGUUUCCUCCAGCGUUUUAUCAUCCAAACGUGUACCCUAGUGGUACCGUUUGCUUAUCUAUCUUGAACGAGUCUCAAGAUUGGAGACCCGCCAUUACUCUAAAGCAGAUUCUUUUGGGAAUCCAGGAACUCUUGACAAACCCAAACCCUGACUCCCCUGCUCAGGAGCCAGCAUGGAAAGCUUUCAGCAAGGAUAGAGCCACGUACGAGAAAAAAGUCAAGGAGCAAGCCAAAAAGUACGCCAAUGCUUCUUAG